ACGGGAGAAUGAAGUGGCGUUAAUACAACACGAGUGUAAUUAGAAAAUACCUAAUAUCAUUAUGUAUGUAUGGUAUCAGGAAGAUGUAAGCCAUGCAAAAGCGACAAUAUGAACAUAAUAGACUACGCUGUUUACAUCUAUUCGUCUGACGUUCUCCACUAUACAGAAGAAGAAGAAGAGGAUAGAGACGUUGACAGUUGUUAUCUGGAACUGCAAAGGUUUUACGUCUAUGAAUAGGCGUGUUUAUAAGGAAAGAAUGUUGAAUGGCUAAAAAAUCUCACAUUAAUAUGGCCAAGAAUAAAAGACACUUCAGCAAUAUAGUGCAGUGUGCCACAUUUUUAUCCUUAUUGUACCCUAGCGCUUGUAUGGUGUUAGACGAAUCAUUAGUUAAGGAACUUGAGAAGAAAUGUCCAUCACUUGAUGUCCAUGUGUAUGAAGAUAGUGUUUUGCUUGGAGCUAGGACAGCAGGGAAGUAUGAGCAUAUGGGUAAUGCCACUGAUAUUGAAUCUUGUACCCGUUUAUGCUGUUUGAGUAGAAGCUGCCAUGUAGCUAUUUUACAUGAUAAUAGCUGUGCUAAUCUAGUCUGUAACAGUGCCAGGGAUUGCCAGAUCAUCCCAGGAAAAGGAACAUACGUGGUAAAGGUUCGAAAUGUUGCCAGUGAAGGUCAAGAAAUUGUAAUGGAGACCAGUGGCAAUGGAAGUGCUGCCGUGAAGAGUGUAAUUAAUUCUGAAGGUCUGCGUGAAAAUGUUUUAGCAGUUUCGUCAGACUCUAAUGACAGAAGAUGCGAAGUAGGUCUUAAAGAAUGUAAUGAGAAUGAGGUUUGUGUUCCUUUAGGAGAAAAACGAAGAGAUGGACUAUGCAAAUGUGCUCCAGGGUUUCAUAAGUCGUUGGUUACUGGAGAUUGCAUUAUAAAGGAUAUUACAACUGUGUCCUCCAAGGAACAUCCCACCAUAGUUAAUUUUUCUAAUGAAUCAGAAAGUAGCACCUUGCCUUAUGUUACCAGCACUGUUUUUCCCACAUUAACAUCUACCACCGAUACUGUUCCUUCUACUCCAGAGACUGGAAACACCUCACCCAAACCAGAUAAAAAGCUUGUUGUCAGUGUUAAUAAUAAGACAGUGUAUCUUACAACUGGGAGCCAGACAUAUGAAAAAAGGGUAACGUUAUCAGCUUACGCUAUUGGAGAUUCAUCAGAAUACAAAUAUAAGUGGAUUCUAGUGAAACACCCAGAAACUGAUGACACUGGAUAUUUGAGUGAUGCCAACAGUCAGACCAUUACACUGUCCCAUUUAGUACAAGGUGUAUACAUUUUCAAAGUGAAUGUAACUGGUCCUGGUGCUCACGGAGAUGCUUUUGGGAGUGUGACUGUUCUGCCUCCUAAAAGAAUUAAUCAACCACCAAAGGCAGUAGUUAUUCCUCCAUCUCAAGAAAUUAAGCUCCCAAACUCUGGAGUAAUCAUUGAUGGCUCAAGUAGUACAGAUGAUGGGGAGAUUACAUCCUAUCGUUGGGAAAUGGUCACUGCCCCACUUGGAUAUAAACUAUCAGAGGAAACUGCACCUACACUUCAGCUCACAGAUCUUGUACCAGGCAAUUACACCAUCAUGUUGUUAGUGAAAGAUGAAGAAGGUUUAGAAGGUAAUACAACCACUUUCCUUAGUGUAGUGAAGGAGACCGAUUAUCGGCCUACUGCAAAUGCUGGGGGUGAUCAAAUUGUAUACCUUCCACAGACUGAAAUUACUUUGUAUGGUAAUGCCAGCACAGAUGACCAUGGAAUUGAAGAGUGGGAAUGGACAAAAGGGCCAAAAGACUCCGGAAAGGCUGUUGAUAUGAAGGACACAAGAACACCAUUUCUUCAUUUGAGUAACCUUGAGGAAGGCCAUUACCAAUUCAUUCUUCGUGUAACAGAUGGAAAUGGACAGUCAUCUGAGGCUCCUGUCUCUGUAUAUGUCCAAAAACCCAACAUGAAUAUCCCUAAAGCAAAUGCCGGAGAAGAUAUGCGAAUCGUUUUACCAAAUACCACUGUCAUACUGGAUGGUAGCCAAACUACAGAUGUGUCUGCUAACACUCACUGGCUUUGGAAGCAACUCAGUGGACCAAGUACUGUACAUUUUUCUAAAAAUGAUGAAGUGAAGGUCAAUGUUUCUGGUCUAACCAAAGGUGAUUAUACAUUUAUGCUUACUACAUGGAAUGGAGAUGACCCUUCCAAGAAUUCCACUGAUGAUACAACAGUGUCUGUUAUUCAAGAUAAGAAUGUUCCACCUAAAGCUAAUGCUGGUGGUGACUUCAGUGUAACGCUCCCAGUGUCAGUCAUUACAGUGGAUGGAUCUAAAUCAUCAGAUGAUGUUUUAGUAACAAAAUGGAAGUGGGAAAGAGAUUCAACUUCACUGGCAGCUGGAAUGGUUAUUAAUGCAUCUGAUAGCUCACCUGUACUUAUGUUCACAGAUGUUGUAGCUGGUGUAUAUGUGUGGAAACUCACUGUUUGGGAUGACCAGGGUGCUUCAAGUUCUGACACAGUCUCUAUAAUUGUCAAAGAAAGCAUUCAUCAUCUGGAUGAAGUUGAGCUCUUGGUUCGAGGUGACAUUGGAAAAUUAAGUUAUACGCAGUUAUCAACUUUGCUGCAGAAACUUCAGCUGUUUCUUCAUACUUCUGAUAGUGCUGUGGAUAUUCACCUGAUUUCUCUGACAGGCUUACCUUAUUCAGGUCAUGUGCGUUUGACUUUCUUGGCUUAUGCUGGGAAAAACGUUGUGAGAGGACCAGAAGUUGUGACAUUACUGCGACACCAAAUAAAUUCAGCAUCAUCAGAAUUAUUGGACUUGCCACUUAUCAGUGUUGAUACUGUUGUCUGUCAAAAUAAUUGUUCAGGACACGGUGAAUGCACACAGUCAUCAAGAGAAUGCAGAUGUCAGACGUGGUGGAUGGAAUCAUUCAUGCGUCGUCAUAUGGGAGAUGGUGUUCAAAACUGUGAUUGGAGCGUCGUCUAUGUAUUUGUGACUAUAUGCUUUAUGGCAAUUGUUUUGGGACUUGCUGUGUGGGGAGUCAUUACUCUAAUUGUACGAAAUUUUGGGGCCAGUGCAAAGCCGCGUCGUAAACCUCCCCGUUACUCUCUUUUAGAUAAUUAUGAAGAAAAUACUAAACAUCUGAAGGUGCAUACAAAUGCGAGACAUCAGAAAACUGUAUUGAAAACACACAUGCUCAGCAGUCUUUUAGACUCAGGAUCGGAGAGUGAUAGUGAUGCUGAAGUCCUUUUCGACUCCCGGAAGGCGAAGCAUAAAUCUGACAAACAACGAAAUGGCUACCAGAAAUUUACAAGAGUCCGUACUUAAAUAAGUUUUUUUUUUUUAACCAUGUUCAGGUUUAAGUACAUUUUGUUUUUAAAUAGUGAACUAGGAAAAUAAAAGUAUAGGAGAUUUUUUAUUAUUGAUAUUUUAGAUAGUUAUAUUAUUUAGUUUAUCGUUUCCUUUUCUCUAUUGUCAGGUAUUAAAGAUAUUUUUAAGUUUUGUAGUUAUUUACAAUUGUAUUACUAGUCAUGAGAACUGUUAUUAUUUUACAUAUGAGUUGUGAUCGCAUUGCUUUAUGUGCAUCCAUAAGGAGGAAAGCCUGAGUGAAUGGUAAGCAAUGAUUAGCAGUAUCGAAUUAAAAGAAACAAUCUUCUUUCAGCAAAGUUGAGAGAAUUUUUAAAGAUGUUUAUUUUCAUGAUGUUUUGUAAUAAGCAAAUUUUCAUUUUCCAUUCAUGAUGUUUUUGAGUGUGGUUUCCAAAUAUUCACUAUGAUAUUUUACCUUCUUGCCUGUUACCAAGAGUAUACUCUGAGUAUAUGUGCACCAAAGUCACCUUUCUUUGUAUAGCAAGUCAGUCUUGUUGAAUUUAUAUAAAUAUUAGUUUAUAUAAAAUGGGUAUUUAUCACUAUAAUAGCUUUCUUUUUAGCAAUACAGAACCACAGGAUCUGUAUCUUAUUAUCCGAGUGGUAUGCUACUCGUGCUCUAAUUUCUCAGUUAACACUUCUCAGUGAGUACAGUGCUCCUGAUUCCCUGACUACUUGGCUCUUCUCUGAUUCUGUUCUCUUUCCUACAUACUCUUGGCAUAGAUGGAAACGAUUAGAAGGGCUUUUUUGUUAAACUUGUUUCCCUCAAAUAGCUGUUAUGUGCGGUUAUUUUGUCAGAGUGUUUUCAAUAAUGAUUAUUUAAUUACAUUUUUCUUACCAUUUUGUCAUCUGUAAAGAUUAUGCGCUGAAGUGAAUGUUGGAAGUGGUGGAAAGUGAGUUUCAGGGUUCAUUUCCCAUAUUUCACAUUAAAGAACUACAGAAUAGUUGUACUGUACAUUUUGGUGUAAUAAGUGCCCUUCACAUUCAACAUGAUUUUGGAAAUGCAGAAAUUAAUUUUUCUGGGAUUGCAUUGUGUGUAUUUUUCCCUGAAUGAAGGCAUUCAUUUUUGCCUACCCAUCUUCAAACUAUCACUGUUUCAGCCAUGUUUCAUAGAAUUGUAAUUAGGAUAAAAAAGAAAAGUAUUGUUGGAUGAAAUUAAAUUUGAUUUGUAUUGUCUGUCAACAUUUUCUCUUGUUGGGGGUCCAAAAAACUUGUUCUUUUACCCACGUUUUUUUUUUUUUGUGUUCUGAUUCUUCAGGCAUAAUGAGGAGAGGCGCAUAAUGUGGAGUGUUAAACCUCUUUUGAAACUGAGAUUUCAUUGUUUUAGUGCAUUUCCUUUGUUUCUUGAGAGAUCCUGAAGAAAGCUUUGUUGGUGAGGCAAAAUUCUCCAUGAUCUCACACAACUUAUACAAACCUACAAGAUCACACACACUGAGCACACCCAGUGAAAAGAUAGAAAAGAAAAAAAGAGGGAAAUGGGUAAACUAAACCGUUUAAACAAAUAGAGAGUAAUCACAUCCUCUCUUUAAGGUGGUAAGGAAGUAACUGAUGUGUUCACAGGAUGCCCAAGGCAUUGCGGGAGCUCCUAAAUACCCUGUGAGCAAGUGCAAAUGCUAAUAGUCCCUGGAUCACACAAGUUUUUUUUAUUAAUCUUACCGGAUUUCCAGGUGUCACUAGAAGAUUAUCGUAAUGUUAAGACCGAAGGUUUGUUAGUUAUGAAAAAUUUGUCAUUUUGAUGGAUUACAAUUUUUCACUUUUAAAUUAAGUCUAAAUGCCUAGUUACAAAGAAAAAUGAAUCAUGCUUGAGCUAGAGAUUAGCUAUUAAUGAUGAUAAGAGUUCUUCAAUUGUUUGGAGUUUUAUAUUUCUCCAGCCAAGUGAUUCUAUCCCUUAGUUUUGUUCUAUUUUAAGCCUACAUAUUUUUUAGCACUCUUCCAAGUACAGUAUUCUCCUCAUUCCUUCACUUCAUUAGAGGGGUGCUAUUUAUUUGCUUAUUGUUUUGAGGGUCACUUUAUUUCUGUUUUCAGAAAGAACGUGUAUUUGAUAACUGUUUCUGUAAUUUGUUUGUUGAACUUUAUGCUUUUGCAUGUGUAAGUUCUUUUCAUGAGUUGUGUUUUUGUUUCUGAUUAAAUCUCAUUUGUCAGAAGUACAGGUAUCUAACUUUAUUAUGGCCACUUUUUGUUUUUAUAUUGUUGUAUUCCUCAUGAGAAAGAUACCAGGUACGAUUGUGGUUAAACAUAAGUACAUAUGUAGUAUGUGGUAAAUAUAGGCGAUAGGUGUGGUUUUCAAAAUGGACCCAUAUAGUAA